GUGUGGCUGAGCACAAUUGUUUUGGGAAACUUGGCAGCUGACAACUGCACAGCGCGUUGCAGUUUGCUCUUUUCAAGGAAGAGAUUGAGCUGAUGCGGCCAAGCUCUUCCCACAGGCCCCUGCUCCAAUGAGCUGGUAUGUUGGCCACGAUGGGCGCCAGGUGUGGGUUGAAGCCCGCGAGACAGUCUUUACCUGCGACAAGCCCGAGGAAGAGCUUCCCAAAAGAAGCCUGACUUAUCUGGCAUCAAAUCUGCAGAAAACAGUCUUUGCAGAGCAUGCGAUUGACGAAGAUGAUGGCAAGAAAGGCAAAAAGAAGGAUCGCCAAGCUGGCAAACAACGUGGUUUCAUCGUGCGAGUUGACCAAGACGAACGAGUCAAUGUGCUGCCGACAUUGCAGGCAGCCGUCGACAAGCUCCUAAGUACAGGAGUUGUCUCAAGAGUGGAUUUGGACGAGACUGAGGGCAAGAAAAGGAACAAGAAGGGCCGAGAUGUUGAGGAGGUUCCUGAAGAGAGCGAGAAAACUGGCCUGGCAUUGGGCGUGAAUGAAUGCCGAGUUGAGAUCAUUGCGAGAUGCCAGCAUCAGGCUCAUGGAGUUGGUUUCACCAUCUCUGCGGCCGAAGGAAGUAUUUUGCAGAGGAUACACCUGUUCACAGCCAGCAAAGAACUGACGGUGGAUUCCUUUCAUGACGCUUUGAUGAAGGCUCUCCAAGCUGAUGGUUCGCGUGUCAUGAUGGGCAGGGUAUCACCAGCCAUUGCACCAGAUCCUCCUGAGAAGGAGAACAAGGCCAAAGAAGCUGCAAAGGAGGAGGAUGACUGGUUGGAUUCCUUAAUGGGUCGAUGCAUGGUGAGCUCCAGCAAGGAAGGGCAAGCCGCUCCAGCCGCUCCAGCUGAAGGUGCUACACAGGGCGGCUACAGUGAGACGAAGGUUGAACCAAAAGCAAAGGCACCUGUCCAAGUUCCGCCAUGGUUGAGUUCAACGAGGAGAUUGCGGCAAGCGUGAUUCUCCAGCAAGACCACGGUGGUUUGUGCUAGCUGCUAGAUGCUGCUAGCGGUGUACAAAGCUCUGACAGUAGUGUCUAGGAAGCUUCCGGCAUAGACUAGCAAAA